ACUUCUUAAUGCAACAUGUAUUGUCUGAAACGUAAAUUGCUUCGCACACUUACAAAUUGGACAGCGUAUACGUUAAGCGCCAUGAAGAAAAGGUUUAACAUCAACCUGGACGACUCGGCCUUCACCAAAGAAAGAGAACUGCCAAAGCCGCAGUUUCAACCUUCAUCCAAAGGAGGACAAAGCACCUCAGACUCAUCUUCAUCUUCAUCAAAGCCUGCUGCAGAUCCUGCAGACAAACCUCUUUCCUAUGCAGACUAUAUAGUCCAGAGUAAAAGCAACGUGGCUGCUCCCCCUCAGAAAGAGGGUCCCUCCAGACCGCUCAGGACUGAAGGUGCUGGAGUUACCAGUCUGAAGCAAAGAGAGUCAGAUUCAUCUUCGUCUGCACCAGGAGGAUGUGAAGCAGUUCAGACCUGUGCUGAAGGGACUGAAGGUUUAUCUGAAGGCGUUAAGAAGAGUGAAGAGAAACAGCUGGCUGGCACAGACCCAAAGGAAGGGAACUGUCAAAGGCCAGAUCCAAGCCUAAGUUUGGGUCCAAAACCAGUGGGGUCUGGGAGCAGCAUCAUCGUCAGUCCAAGACAGAGAGGAAAUCCCAUCCUGAAGUUUGUGAGGAGUGUCCCUUGGGAGUUCGGAGAUGUUGUGCCAGACUACAUCUUGGGCCAGACGACUUGUGCUCUAUUUCUCAGUCUGAGGUAUCACAACCUCAAUCCAAACUACAUCCACGACCGUCUCAAGCUGCUUGGACAGACUUUCACCCUGCGAGUCUUAAUGGUACAAGUAGAUGUGAAAGAUCCUCAUCAUGCAUUGAAGGAGCUGGCUCGCAUCUGCAUCAUGGCCGACUGCACACUGAUCUUGGCUUGGAGUCCAGAGGAAGCAGGACGCUACCUGGAAACGUAUAAGUCAUAUGAAAAGAAACCAGCAGACCUACUGAAGGAACAAGUGGAAAAGAAUUAUCUUUCAAAGGUUACAGAUUGCCUGACCACUGUCAAGUCUAUAAACAAGACCGAUGCCAUUACCUUGCUGUCCACUUUCUCUUCUGUAGAAGGAAUCAUCAAUGCCUCGAAGGAAGACUUGGUUCUCUGUCCAGGCCUUGGACCUCAAAAAGCACGGCGACUCUAUGAUGUGCUGCAUAAGCCUUUCCUCAAGUCGAAGACAAAAGACAGCUGAAACCUCGUACAAAGGAUGUGUGACCUGCUGCUGAGAGGAACUGAAACGUUGGCUGUCAUGUUGAACAGCAUGCAGACACAGACACACACUUCAGAGGACUGACUUGAAUACAAAAAACACUCUGGAUCUUCUGAAGUGAAGAAAAAAAAUGAUUGACUGAGAACAGUUUUAAUACUGAUGUGAACUUUUUCAGCUGUCAGAGCUGCACAAUGAUUCUUUGCUUUAUUGAGCUAUGGUUUGAUAUAAUUUGUUCAUUAUUGAAUAUUUUUUUCUGAAAAUAAAUAUUUUUGUAAUAUUUUUA